AUGGUUCCAAAACUGCCAUGCCCAUCACUCGCUAAUCGCCAACUUCCCUCCGUUCGCUCGCCAACUUCCCUCCGUUCGCUCGCCAACUUCCCUCCGCCUCGUUCUCUCGCCAACUUCCCUCCGCCUCGUUCGCUCGCCAACUUCCCUCCUCGUUCGCUCGCCAACUUCCCUCCGCCUCGUUCGCUCGCCAACUUCCCUCGCCAACUUCCCUCCGCCUCGUUCGCACGCCAACUUCCCUCCGCCUCGUUCGCUCGCCAACUUCCCUCCGCCUCGUUCGCUCGCCAACUUCCCUCCGCCCCGUUCUCUCGCCAACUUCCCUCAGCCUCGUUCGCUCGCCAACUUCCCUCCGCCUCGUUCGCUUCGCCAACUUCCCUCCGCCUCGUUCGCUCGCCAACUUCCCUCGCCAACUUCCCUCCGCCUCGUUCGCACGCCAACUUCCCUCCGCCUCGUUCUCCUCGCCAACUUCCCUCCGCCCCGUUCGCUCGCCAACUUCCCUCCGCCCCGUUCUCUCGCCAACUUCCCUCAGCCUCGUUCGCUCGCCAACUUCCCUCCGCCUCGUUCGCUCGCCAACUUCCCUCCGCCUCGUUCGCUCGCCAACUUCCCUCCGCCUCGUUCGCUCGCCAACUUCCCUCCGCCUCGUUCGCUCGCCAACUUCCCUCCGCCUCGUUCGCUCGCCAACUUCCCUCCGCCUCGUUCGCUCGCCAACUUCCCUCCGCCUCGUUCGCCUCGCCAACUUCCCUCCGCCUCGUUCUCUCGCCAACUUCCCUCCGCCUCGUUCGCACGCCAACUUCCCUCCGCCUCGUUCUCUCGCCAACUUCCCUCCGCCUCGUUCUCUCGCCAACUUCCCUCCGCCUCGUUCGCUCGCCAACUUCCCUCCGCCUCGUUCGCACGCCAACUUCCCUCCGCCUCGUUCUCUCGCCAACUUCCCUCCGCCUCGUUCGCGUCGCCAACUUCCCUCCGCCUCGUUCGCAUCGCCAACUUCCCUCCGCCUCGUUCGCACGCCAACUUCCCUCCGCCUCGUUCGCACGCCAACUUCCCUCCGCCUCGUUCGCACGCCAACUUCCCUCCGCCUCGUUCGCACGCCAACUUCCCUCCGCCUCGUUCGCACGCCAACUUCCCUCCGCCUCGUUCGCACGCCAACUUCCCUCCGCCUCGUUCGCACGCCAACUUCCCUCCGCCUCGUUCGCACGCCAACUUCCCUCCGCCUCGUUCGCACGCCAACUUCCCUCCGCCUCGUUCGCACGCCAACUUCCCUCCGCCUCGUUCGCACGCCAACUUCCCUCCGCCUCGUUCGCACGCCAACUUCCCUCCGCCUCGUUCGCACGCCAACUUCCCUCCGCCUCGUUCGCACACGCCAACUUCCCUCCGCCUCGUUCGCUCGCCAACUUCCCUCCGCCUCGUUCGCUCCCCAACUUCCCUCCGCCUCGUUCGCUCGCCAACUUCCCUCCGCCUCGUUCGCUCCCCAACUUCCCUCCGCCUCGUUCGCUCGCCAACUUCCCUCCGCCUCGUUCGCACGCCAACUUCCCUCCGCCUCGUUCGCUCCCCAACUUCCCUCCGCCUCGUUCGCUCGCCAACUUCCCUCCGUCUCGUUCGCUCGCCAACUUCCCUCCGCCUCGUUCGCUCCCCAACUUCCCUCCGCCUCGUUCGCUCGCCAACUUCCCUCCGCCUCGUUCGCUCGCCAACUUCCCUCAGCCUCGUUCGCUCGCCAACUUCCCUCCGCCUCGUUCGCUCGCCAACUUCCCUCCGCCUCGUUCGCUCGCCAACUUCCCUCCGCCUCGUUCGCUCGCCAACUUCCCUCCGCCUCGUUCGCUCGCCAACUUCCCUCCGCCUCGUUCUCUCGCCAACUUCCCUCGCCUCGUUCUCCUCGCCAACUUCCCUCCGCCUCGUUCGCUCGCCAACUUCCCUCCGCCUCGUUCGCUCGCCAACUUCCCUCCGCCUCGUUCGCUCGCCAACUUCCCUCCGCCUCGUUCGCUCGCCAACUUCCCUCCGCCUCGUUCGCUCGCCAACUUCCCUCCGCCUCGUUCGCUCGCCAACUUCCCUCCGCCUCGUUCGCUCGCCAACUUCCCUCCGCCUCGUUCGCUUCGCCAACUUCCCUCCGCCUCGUUCGCUCGCCAACUUCCCUCGCCUCGUUCGCAUCGCCAACUUCCCUCCGCCUCGUUCGCUCGCCAACUUCCCUCCGCCUCGUUCGCUCGCCAACUUCCCUCCGCCUCGUUCGCUCGCCAACUUCCCUCCGCCUCGUUCGCUCGCCAACUUCCCUCCGCCUCGUUCGCUCGCCCAACUUCCCUCCGCCUCGUUCGCUCGCCAACUUCCCUCCGCCUCGUUCGCUCGCCAACUUCCCUCCGCCUCGUUCGCUCGCCAACUUCCCUCCCGCCUCGUUCGCUCGCCAACUUCCCUCCGCCUCGUUCGCUCGCCAACUUCCCUCCGCCUCGUUCGCAUCGCCAACUUCCCUCCGCCUCGUUCGCUUCGCCAACUUCCCUCCGUCUCGUUCGCUCGCCAACUUCCCUCCGCCUCGUUCGCUCACCAACUUCCCUCCGCCUCGUUCGCUCGCCAACUUCCCUCCGCCUCGUUCGCUCGCCAACUUCCCACUCCUCAUUUACCCCUAGUCCACUUUAA